GAGAAGAAGGCGCAGCCUUUGGAGCCUUUAAAGAAAGGAGAGAAGGAGAAAGGGGAGCUCCCCUUUCUCCUGUGCGGGACAUUCUGGUCACCAUGGAGGACGGUAUUUAUGUGCCUCCAGACCUGACGCCAGAGGAGAGGCUAGAGUUGGAGAACAUCCGGCGGCGGAAGCAGGAGCUCCUGGUGGAAAUCCAGCGAUUGCGAGAUGAACUCAGUGAAGCCAUGAACGAGGUGGAGGGGUUAGAAGCCAAUGAGGGAAGUAAAACUCUUCAGAGGAAUCGGAAGAUGGGAAUGGGACGCAAGAAAUUCAACAUGGAUCCCAAAAAAGGAAUCCAGUUCCUGGUGGAAAAUGAGCUGCUGCGCUCCACUCCUGAGGACAUCGCCCGCUUCCUCUACAAAGGGGAAGGACUCAACAAGACAGCCAUUGGCGACUACUUGGGCGAGCGGGAGGACUUUAAUAUUGCCGUGCUCCAUGCCUUUGUUGACUUGCAUGAAUUUACUGACCUCAACCUCGUGCAGGCACUCAGGCAGUUCCUGUGGAGUUUCCGCUUGCCUGGCGAGGCCCAGAAGAUUGACCGCAUGAUGGAGGCCUUUGCCCAACGGUAUUGCCUGUGCAACCCGGGGGUCUUUCAGUCCACAGAUACCUGUUAUGUCCUCUCCUUCGCGGUGAUCAUGCUCAACACCAGCCUCCAUAACCCCAACGUCCGCGACAAGCCCACAGUCGAGAGGUUCAUCACCAUGAACCGAGGCAUCAACGAUGGGGGGGACCUACCUGAGGAACUGCUGCGGAACCUGUACGACAGCAUCCGUAAUGAGCCCUUCAAGAUCCCCGAGGAUGAUGGAAACGACCUGACACACACUUUUUUUAACCCUGACCGCGAGGGCUGGCUCCUCAAGCUCGGAGGGCGAGUGAAGACAUGGAAGAGACGCUGGUUCAUCUUGACAGACAACUGCCUCUAUUACUUUGAAUAUACUACAGACAAGGAGCCAAGAGGCAUCAUCCCACUGGAGAACCUGAGCAUCCGUGAAGUCGAAGACCCACGGAAACCAAACUGCUUUGAGCUCUAUAUUCCCAACAACAAAGGCCAGCUAAUCAAAGCCUGCAAGACGGAGGCAGACGGGCGUGUGGUUGAGGGGAACCACAUGGUCUACCGCAUCUCAGCGCCUACACAGGAGGAGAAGGAUGAGUGGAUCAAAUCCAUCAAGGCUGCUGUGAGCGUCGACCCUUUCUACGAGAUGCUGGCCGCCCGCAAGAAACGGAUCUCAGUGAAGCAGAAACAGGAGCAGGCAUGAGGUGGGGAUUCUCCUGCGCCUACCCUUUUCUCCCUGCAGUGUACCCUCCAGCAUUUCCUCUUGGACCUGCUGACACACCCACCUGGGUAGAGCUCCAUGAAACCAGCUACCCCUCCUGUGAUUUUUGGACCACCAUGCAGCUUUGCCAGUCUGGUGGCAGACCAGUGCACCUGAAGCCCCCUUUCUGUCUCCAGAGCUUCUGCUCAGCCUGCCGGGACCUUGUGAAUUGUCCCACUGUUGUGUCUGCCUAGUGCAGAAGCCAAAUUCUCUUCAUAGGCCGUCAGCAAAAGCAGGAAGAUGGCUCCGAAGUGUCUCUGCUGACUUUUCACAAAGACUUUGAAGGCUACAAAGGUGUUAAGAGAACAUUUCCUGCUCAACUGAACCUUUUGAUUCUAUCUAUUUAUGCCUCCUGACUUAGAUCCAAUCUACACUUUAGCAAAAAGAAAAAGAAAGCCCCUUAGGGCUGUACCAUUUCAGAAUGUGUGGGUGGAUGGGCUUGCAGUGGACCACUACAUAAAACUAGCACCCUGCACACCUAAACCAAGCACAUCAGGGAGUAAGCUGGUAUGUCUCUCUGGCAUACUAGGUUUCUGUGCUUGGGGAGUUUUUGAGCGUGGGGAUCAUCCAGAUAUUUGAUUCAGCUGCACCCUGGUUUUGGUAUAGUCAUGAGAGUGCUGUACCAUUUACUUUUUCUUGGCAGUGUAGAUUGCCCCUUAGAGUCUGUUGCCAAACCAGCUACACUGUGCAUACAUGAGUCCAGUAUUUUGGCUCUGAACCAAUACUAUGAACAAGGGCUGCACCCUGUUAUAUAGCAUUUGUUCUGGAAAAGAAAGAAAUCAUGCCAGCAACCAGCAGAGGGCAGCAGGACACCAGACAACUAAUGCCCGCACACUGAUGCGUUUUGAACACUACUCCUUUCCUCCAGUGGGAAUAGCCAGCACACACACAGAACUGACAGCUUUGUAUUCCUAACAGCCAGGGUUAUGAACUCCUUGGUCUCGCUUUACUGCCAGCUUCAAGAAAUUGAACCAUUUCCCCCACCCUGCCCAAGUCCUUGCAGAUUCAACAGAACUUUUCCUGUUUUAUUCUUUGAAAUCCUCUUUUCGUCAAGAUUCACCAUCAAGAGAUGUCCAUUACUUCCUGCAGGAGGUAUUCCAAGGUGUUUCCAUUGCUUUACAGAACAAGCUGAUUGAGAACAUCCCCAUAAUGCUGUUAGAGCUCUCUGGUUAGGGUCUGCCAUGAAUCCAGUGGCACAUGGAAGGGGGUGACCUUGGUCUGGACAGUACCAAAAUUAGAAGUAAUGUACACAAUGUAUUUUCUUUCACAGUUUAGACUUUUGGUCUGAAACCAGAAGGUUCUUCCUCCGCUAAGUUAUCUCAAAUCCACUUUAACCUGUUUUGACUAGGCAAGAUUGGAUCAAGCCAACUUUUUUGAUGCCUGUUGCAGAAAGGAAGAAACUCGACUUUGAUGGUUACAAGGUCAGAAGUCUGGAUUCUUCCAGAGUAAAAGAGCAUGGCAUUGUCCAUGUGUUGAAGAUCUAGUCUCUACAGCUUCUUGCCACACAGCUCUAAAUUAAUGGGUGAGACAGUGUACCUGUAUCAUAAAAAAUCUAGCUUGAAAUCUAGUCUUCCACUGUUGCCUUCCCUCAGGCCUUCCCUUUGUACAACUGCUCAGGUUCUGCUGGGUUUAUUGCUAUUUGGAACUGAGCUUUCUAGAUCCACGCAAAGCAGUUUGCACCAAAGUUCAUGUCUUUGCAAAGGGGCAAAGCAUUCAUCACAAAACAUUCAUGAGCCUGUGAAAGUCUCUGGCUGCAUCAGGAAUCUGGCCCUCUUUUAGUCCAUGUGCAUUUCAAUCUGACCAAUGUUCCCUGUUCCUGAAAAAAUGGAAAAUGGCCAGUUCAGAUCCUGUUUUCAGGUUAAGCAGAAAGCAAUGGUAGAUCUGGUGUAAUGCCAUGUAUCUUGAAUUUUAAAGGGUUGUGGUUUUGUCACUGUCAAAAUGAGAGUUGCUCUUCUUUCCACAGAGAAAGAAUGCAAGCAAACUAGGUGCAGCAAAGAAAGAAAGUGAUUUUUUAUUGAUCAAUUUUCUGUUGUGGGUGUGCAUGCAUGUAUGUGGGGGAGAAAGAAGAAAUGGUGAUUGUGUUCGGGUGUAACUGUUGCAAGUGGGACCAAGCUAAAUCAGAGCAUGGAUUUUGUCCAUUUGAAUUAUAUUUGAGUUUGGUCACUUCAAAUUAACUGAAAUGAGUAAUCUGAUGGCAAAAGGAGUAUAUCCUUCAGUUAUCUCAAAAUUACAGGAAGGUCUCUUAGUUCAGUAAUUCUGCUUGACAGGUUUUCCCUUCUCCAUUUCAGUUGUUUUACUACACCAAAAUCUCUUAGAAAUAAUUUCUGUUGUGGGAUUUACCUGCCCCUGUUAUGAGGCAUCUAAGCCUCUGUCCUGAUAUUGAGACCACAUCAUUUGGCUUAUUACGGACUUAUGUGCACAUAAACUUCAACUAGAUUCUAUCCUUUUCCAAGAAAUCCCCAGAUCCUAACAGUCCUUCUUUUAUAUUCUUUAAUCCCCUUUCUAGGAAACUCCAGACACCUAGUUCAUGCCCUCUCUAUUAAUACCCACUGGCUUCACUGCCUUCUUCAAAAUACUAGUAUAAUCCCCUUUUGGAACUUAGAUGAGCUCCAUCUCAGUUAAGACCAAGCAUUCAAUGCACAUCAUUCUCAGUGCAAAUAGCUGCCAGGAGAGGGUGCUGAAAAUUAUGGGGUGGGAGAUAAUUUAACCCUCCUCGCCUCAGUUUUGCCCAAAGAUGCUCCUCCAAGCUUGGAGUAGCAAUUUUCACCAGGACUGUAGCAGAGGAACAGAAGAGUUCAGUUUCCUCUCCCUCCCAGCUGCUGUCCUAAGCAUUAUUGCAAACUCCCCACAGCUGCUCUUUGCUUAAUGAUAAGCAGUUUGUCCCAUUUUUACUGACACCUGAACCACUUCUGGCAUGCUCAUACAUGCAUGCACUUGUGCAUACAUGCACCUCUAGAAUCUGUCUUAUUUUGGAACUUGGGAAGGUAUUUUUAGCCCAGUAGCUCUGGAAAAUUUUCUUUGAAGCAUCCAAACCUGACACAGUUAAGAAAAUUCCAUACAGCCUUGCAGAAUUAAUUCUUCAGCAAUAGCAGUGGUUAACCCCACCCACUCUCUUUAUAGUCAGUUUCAGUACCUGUGCUGCAGGGGUGGGGAAAUCAAGCAAACCCCUUCACCUGCUCCAGGAGAAGAAAGAGAAGGCAGGGCAUUUUUCUUGUUUUUAAACAUUUCCUUUUUUUGAUGAUGUCUUUUUGUUUUUUUUAAAAAAAGUUAAUUGUUAUUUAAAAAUUUAAUGUAUGCAUCUCUGGAUGAUAUGUAAACACUACAAACUCG